AUGACUCAAGCUCCCUCAUCCCGGGCAGCUCCUCGAUAUCCGACGACAUUCCGAGUCUGGCAACGUCGCACCAAAACGGGAUGCCUUACUUGCCGUUCAAGAAAGAAGAAGUGCGACGAAACCAAGCCGCAGUGCAGUGCCUGUCGAAGAAAUGGACUAGGCUGUAGCUGGCUUCAAGAUAAGCAAACCGCAGCGCUUCAGUUACAGCCCAGAAGUGAAACGUUUGCCCACCCAAACCACAACAAUCGGCUCCUUGGCAGCAAAGCAUGUAGCCUUACCAACGUUUCAUUGCUCCUAUUACAACAUUACACUUUUGAGACAGCUGUGAUAUUGCCAGCGGGGAAGCCCUCUAUAAAUCCAUUUAUCUCUUUUGUUCUCCCUCCCGCCGAGGCCGACGAUGUAAUUAUGCACUCAGUCCUUGCUGUCAGCGGUGCACAUUUGUCGUUCAGACUACAAGAUGCGACGGAUGUGGAGAUGGCGACACUAAAUCACUAUAUACUUGCCAUACGUGGUGUUCAAGAAGUCAUCGGCGCCGGCCAAGUCAUUGAUAAAUCUGAUGUUCUCCGCCUAUUGUUAGCUAUCUCAUUCUUAUCACAAUACGAGAUUUUGAUGAGCACACCGAAUCCUAACUUAUACCUUCACCUGAAGGCCAAUCGCCAUCUCUUUCUACAUCUCCUCGGCCUUGGAUACAGGCCUCCGCUCGACUUACAAGAAUUCGAUAUGAUGUUGAGCUUCGCAUAUGAAGGGUUCAUAUUUCUCGCUUCCUGCAACACAACUCCAUCGAUUGGGGAUGACGAGUUAUUAUGUGAAUCAAUUACCGACCACCUUCGCCCAUUGACAAAUUCACCAUGUUUUGGUUCCAUGCUGGCCGGUUCACAUUCGUUAUUCGAAAUGAUCCCACUUAUACAAAGGCUGUGCUCAUCACGUUUAACGUUUGAGUCACUGGGCUUAGAAAACUUGCCCCCCGAACUUUGGGUAACCUAUGAGAUGUUGCGAGAUACUAUUCAGUCUUGGACGAUAGCCGAAGCAAGCUCGGAACGGAUAAUGGCCAGUGACGUAAUGCGCACCGCGUUGGCAAUCUUUCUAGACUGCGCUAUAACGAGAUACGAGCAGUUAGACCACGGGAGUAUUGAGACAUCGGCCAAGUUUGUGAUUGACACAGCUGUGCAACUCGAGAACUCAUCAUAUGCAACCCAUAUCGUUUGGGCGCUGACUGUCGCUGGAUCUUCACUCACCGAUAAGUUCUAUCACAGAAAGCUUGUCGAAUUUCUCAGCAGGUCGCGUUACAAGAUGCGACAUCUAGAAGUCCUGCAGCAAAGUCUUUACUUGUUCUGGGCUGAAAUGAACCCAGCGAUAUUUGGACCAUUUGAGUUUCAAGUAUUGAUGGAGAAUCAUGGAACGUCUCUGUCAAUUAUGUAA